CCAGCUGUGCCCCCCGCAGCGGGCCAGAUGUGCCCCGCGCUGCGCUCCCUUGCCCCAGCUGUGCCCCCCGCAGCGGGCCAGAUGUGCCCCGCUCUGCGCAGGCAGGGGCAGCCCGGCCCCUCCUCUUAGCGGCUGCCGGCCGGCUCGCUUGUUGGCCGCAGAGGGCGGAAUUUAUUCUGCGCCAGCAUCAUCCGCCCGCCGCCGCUAGAGCCCGGGGGUGGAUUGGGCUCCCGGCGGGAGAUGGAGCCGCGCGGCUUGCCUGGGAGGGGGGUGCUUGGGACCCAGGCUCAGCUCUGCCCGUCAGGAUAGCCCCUUGAUCCGCCCCCAUCCCCAGCUCAGCCAUGAUUUUACUAAGCAGCUUUUUACAGCUCCACAGCCGGCACUGCGGCCCCUUCACAGCGCUGGGGCUGGGCAGGGCGCCCUGCUCGGGAGCCAGGUCCUGCAGUGCCAUGUGCCGGCACCUGCGCGUCUUGGUGGACAUGGACGGGGUGCUGGCGGACUUCGAAGGCGGAUUCUUAAAGAAGUUCAGGGCCAGGUUCCCGGAGAAGCCGUACAUUGCCCUGGAGGAUCGCAGGGGCUUCUGGGUGUCGGAGCAGUACGGCCAGAUGACACCUGAGCUGAGUGAGAAAGCAAUCAGCAUAUGGGAGUCAAAGAAUUUCUUCAUUGAGCUGGAUCCAAUCCCAGGGGCUGUGGAAGCCGUGAAGCAAAUGGCUAAGUUGGAAAACACUGACGUGUUCAUCUGCACAAGCCCGAUCAAGAAGUACCGUUACUGCGCUUAUGAGAAGUACGCCUGGGUGGAGAAGCAUUUUGGCCAAGAAUUUCUGGAGCAGAUUGUCCUAACGCGAGAUAAAACUGUGAUCUCUGGCGAUCUGCUUAUAGACGAUAGACCAGAUAUAACAGGAGCCGAGCCAAACCCCAGCUGGGAGCACGUUCUCUUCACAGCCUGUCACAAUAAGCACCUGCAGCUGCAGCCCCCCAGCAGGAGGCUCCACUCGUGGGCCGAGGACUGGAGGGCGAUCCUGGACAGCAAACGGCCACCGCCCAGCCAGGCCAUUUAAAGCGACAGGCUCCUGAAGCUGCCCCCUUAGCUGAACGGAGCGCUCUGUGGUGUCCAGCUCCAGGCUGAAACCCACAGACAGACAACCGUGCUGGGCAGAGUAAGGAGAGGGGCCCUGGCAGGGAGAAUAGGGCCAAAGGGGGAUCGUGUUCAUUAAGCUAGAGGCCACUGGGCCAUGUGUGACUGGGCCGCCAUGAAGCAACAGAAGGAUUCUUGGCCCAUCCCACUACAGGAAGCCCUGUCUACCGCGUGUCUCCUUUGCGCCCAGCUCUGUUUAUCUAAGUGGCAUCUUGGUAUUGGCGUCUGUAGCCACUGGUGACUCCAAAUGUAGCGUCUCCAAUGGACUCACCUCUCUACUUGUUACCCGGCGUCCCCCUGGACCUGCUUAGUGGUGCAGAUUAACUUUUAAAUACGCCCCCAUCUACACUGAGUUGGAACACUGGAUCAGCAGUCAGUACUGUCCUAGGGUUUGCCCUAGAGGACUGUCAAAAUCCUUCUUCCUCCACCCAUCGAGACGCAGAGGAGCGGUCUUCCCUUCCGUCAGUCCCCAGCCCAGCUCUUCUUCAUUCUUUGGCUCACCUGCUGUCAACACUCCAAGGGGAGCAUUUUCCUGCAGCAGCGUUUGCUUUUCCUCACAGCUGUGAAUGUGCCUGCCGGGACUGCCUUGCAGGAGUGCUUGGUGGAGCAUUGUUAAACAAGGGGAAAAUCAGGGUCACGUUACUGAUUGGAGGACUGGGGUAACCCCACUUCGAUCAGCGGGGGCCCGCAUCAGCUCUGCUACUCUGAGAGGCUCAAACUGAUUUUAGCUGUAACCCGGCAGCACCGUCUUUAGAAAGGGCUCGGAUGGCAGCUGUGCAUUGGCGGGGGUCACUGAAGGUGGAGAUGAGCUUUCACAACUUCUCCCUCAUUCCAGACGAGUGAGGCAACAACUCUGGCCCAACAUUUACUUCCCCCAUAGAUCAGAGGUGGUGGAACAAGCCACACCCCCUGGCUUGAAGUGGUUUCCAUUGUACACAGGGUUUACAGUUCAAUUCAAUGGCCACCACUAUAAAGAUUGUUCCAGGGCCCCUCCAAUAGAUAAGAGAUUGAGGAGCCCCUAAUUAGCUUGAAGUUAUCCAUGGGCUAUCACUUCCCCUCCCUCCCCCCCAGUGGUUUUGCAGGCUCUUCUCCCCUACUCAAGACAUAACUCCUGGGAUGGUUGGGGUACUCCAUCACAGCUGUUAACUCCAGAGUGCAGCCCCUUGACUUGAGAUGAUCUGUGUCACACAGCUGGCUGGCCUCUCGCAGCUGUGCGGCACAUCAGGGAUCAUUGUUCAGCCCAAGCACCAACAAGUGGCUCUGCCAUCCCAUUAAUCCUUUUCCCAGAGGCUGGCUAUUCGGAAUGGGGCAAGCUAAUGGGGCUGAGAAGAGAGAGGUGGAUAAAAUAGGCAUGGUCUAGCCCGAGAGGUGCGGUUAACAGCCCGAGCACAGGAUGGGGAGCCAGGAACUCAUGGGUUUUCAUCUUGGCUCUUCCACUGAUCCCCUCUCUAGUUACAGGCAAAUCACUUUGCCUCCCUGUGCCCCCGCUUGUAUAAUGGAGAUGUCAAUACCUCUCGGGGUGACGAGGGGCUGGAACAACAGCCAGCCUCUAAAUCUUUGAGGUGUGUAGGCUAUUUCCUACGCACAUUGGGAACGGGGGGGAGGGGAGGAGCUACGCUAAAAGACAUUGCAGUAGCCACAGUUCGUCACCGGGUGCCCGGGUGUAUUCUUUGGCACUGAAAUAUCGACCAACAGCAGAGUUCGGAGGGCCCAGUGACCAUAUGCAUUGCUAAAGCCAGAGCCUGAGUGGGUCUCAGCAUUGGAGUUCCACAGCAGAAUGGACAGAACCUGCCAUCGCAGUUGGAAGAACCAAAAGCUCAAGGCUGCGCUAGUCGGUAGCUCUCCUCCCUCCAUCAGACAUCCAGAGAGCAGAGGGCCCUGCCAACACCACAGACCUUUACUACAGACCUGCUGCUUCAGAGAGGGGCUUCGUUAAGUGGUGCAGAGAGAUCUCGGAAGCCCCUUCCCUCUGCCAGGCUCAUCCUGCUCUGUGUCCGGAGCAUAGGUUACCACUCCUGAGACCCACGGGCGUUGCCUCCUGCCAGCGGAGUCCGGCCGGCCAGCCUGUACGUUCCAUGCGAUACUCCUGGCAAUGAAAAGGAGAACCUCCCCCACCCCCUUAGGAAUGGGACCUGUGGGUUCCCCUAAUCUAAAGGCUCCCAGGCAGGAGGGCAGCCAGGUGUUUGCAACUCUUGGCCCUUUGCCUGCAGCAAUCACUCUUCCCUGCGAUCAAUCUUCGCACAUUUGGAUUCCCCACUUCUCUCCUUAGCAAGGCUGUGAAAAGCAGGUAAAGCCCGAAACCACGUGGUGCAUGAAUAAACUGUUUCACUGAUUACUGCGCCGUUGGCGUCAGCUCGUAUCAAGGUCUCUAGGACCUGGACGUUGCACUGAACAAAGAUGAUGCUUCAGGAUUUUGCCCUUCCUCAGCUUUUACCGCUGGGGCCAAACCCUAAGCUGCCAUGGGGAGCCAUAACUGCCGCUCUCCUUGGAUUGCGAAUGCUCACGUCUCCUGGGGUUUGGGCCCCUGUCUGCAAUGGGAGUUCUGCCUGCCUGAGGGAGGGCUGCAGGGUUAGGUCCAGCUUCUGUGUGUUACAGACUGGAAGGGCUGUCUUAAAAUUUAAACCACUGUGUACGCUCUUGGGGUGACCGCUGGGCCCCAGGCUGAGGUUGCGCGGAGAAUAGUCUGGUUUUACAAUAACUUCUUGGGAUUCAAGGCUUUGAACCCUGAACUGCUGAGAGAGAUCGAGACAGCUGCUGCCCAGUCCGAGCAGUCAUUUAUCAGCGACGUGCGGCAGACGAGCGUAGCUGGUGGUACCUCGCCCUCCAAGGGCAUUACAAUUUUUUUCAGCACUGUGUUUGUUUUGUUAAUUGUCCCAGUUCUCCCUCCCAGUCCCCUCCACGCCUCUGGGCAAUGCUGUUAUCAGGAAGAGGGUUCUAGGGGGAGGCCAGAGCUAACCGGAGUUACAGCAGCUAUUCAGCAUUAUGGCCCUAGCAGAGGCUGGAUCGGAUGUUGUGCUAGGCUGGGAGUGUGACUUUGCUUUCUCCUUGGUUGGUUAUUUUUUCCACUUUUGAGGACAUAAUAUUAAGAGAGAAAUCAGAAAAGCUCGUUCAGGUUGGUCCUGUUUUCCAGCGACGGGACUUGGAAGAGGAAGAUGUUACCAGGGCUAACCGCCCUGUUCGUCUUCUCUCUCACACCCAUCCACCCCUGGCUAUAAGCUGAACUGUUUGGACCAUAUACUCAGGUGUGUAAAUCAGCAUAGCCAGUGAGGUUAGGGAAACAAGGCCAAUUUGCACCAGCUGAGGGUCUGGUCUUUAAAAUGGUUACACUGGUUCUGUUGCUCAACUGAGAUGCAGAGAAGUAUUGUUUUUUAGAUUUACAGUGUAUAACAGAUCCACCCAGGAUCCUUGCACUAAAUAUUCAAUUUUGUUGUCAUUGAAAUUUAUAUGAAAUAGGGUUUUAAUAUUCCUGCACCAUACUAACCGUAAUAGAGGGGCGAUUUUACCUCCAGGGCUCCGAUUACGCUGGAGAAGGGUCAUGUGGCACUAGCAACAUGCCACCGACCACCGCUGCUUUCUUUUGGCAAUUACAUCCUAGCCCAUUCGAUGGAAUCCCUGUGAAUUGAAAUAGGGCUGGUAGGAGGCUUUGAUUUCUGUCCAGCAUCUUGCAAAUAUGACUGGCAGUAAACUAACCAGUAAAAGGCAUUAGGCCGGGGACGAUCGUUCCAGAGCAUGGCCGAGCGAAAAGCACUAGAAAGCCACGUCCCACUAUGCCAGAGAGGUAUGUAUCAUACAACAGGGAGGUAGGCAAUGCAAUCUCCUGGUUACAUUACAGAGUUGGUUGUCAGGACUCCUGGCUUGUCUUCCAAGUUCUGUCUGUCUGUCUAGGGUUUGAUACCUUGCCCAUUUCUGGGAUAUCUGAGCAUCUCUGCCACAGACUCGCCAGGUGACCUUAAGCAAAUUACUUACCCAUUCUGUGCCUCAGUUUCCUCAUCUGUAAAAUUCGGCUAAUCCCACCUACUUCACAGGGGUGCUGUGAGGAAGAGUUGGACAACAUCAUGCACCUUGAGAGCCCCAGUCAGAACAUGCUCUGUAAUGUACCAUUAAUGAUCAGCUCCCUGUUGGAUAGGCACAGGAAUCAAAUUGGGGCAGGAUGACCGUUUUGGGGGGCCCAAUCCAAGGAUGUUGUGAAAAUGCUUAUCUUUACAGCAAAUGCUUCUCGGUUCCCUGGACAUCAACAGAGAUAGGUCAGGACCAGACCAUCUGCCCCUGUCCAAAUCCAGAGAUGUUGGGUUGUCUCAUUUCUAGUCACCAGUGUUGGGUGGGUGGAUGGGUGUAUAACAUAUUGUGUGUAUCCUACGGGGCAUCUACUGGAUACAGCUGCCAUACAUGGAGAGACUGAGUGGGCGAAACAUCCUCCUUUACUCAUUCCUACUGAAAUGAGGAAACAUGACAGGUGGUGGCCAGCUGGGUCAGUCUGACACAUCCCAGGGAGCACUAAGGAGCGAGUUCAGAAUCUGGAAGGUUUUAGCUGCCUGAAAAAUACAGCACGAUCCUGGUCCCAAGCCAGUGGUGGAAACAUAUGGAGGGACUUGCCUCAGGGCCUAGCCGCUCAGCGAGGCACCAGAGAGUGUGUCGCACAUGAUGAGAAAUGGGAUUUACUUGUAAAACUAAAGGGUAGAAGCUCAGCUCUGGGGUGAGUUGGUGGUUGUUCCGCUCCCAGGCUGACAGGGCACUGAGCAUUAGCCCUUGUGCUGAUUUGACUGAAUUGGAGGAAGAGCAAGAGGAUGGGGGAGCUCUCCUUCAGUGUGUCCUGGUCAAUAGACCCCCAUCUUGGCAGUUAUCAAACAGUUAUUCUCCAAAGGCUGGUGGGUCUCAGUCCCGAUAGUCAAGUGUCCACAUCACAGAAGCCGCUAGCACUACUGACACUUAACCGCUCCCUUGUUAGCAGGCGCCGAGGCUUGAAUGGCCCCCGGGGACCGAACUUCCUUCACCCAUUGUGUCGGUAGCUAAGAUUGAGGUGGCAGCGUGGAGGACGGAUGCAUUAGUGCUGUGGCUAGAUAUCAGAUCCCAGCCAUCACGGCUCUCAGUGCAGCGCUCAAUUCACUUUAAAGAGAAAAUUAAAUUUGAGCGAGAGCUUUUUGCUCUUCAGGCUCAGCAUCCCUAAUUAAAUAGAACAAGUAAUGAGAUUAAAACGAGGUUAGUCAGUUCGCAGGGGAGCAGAGAUACCGGCGCAGAGAUAGUGGAAUUGAGGGCACGGAGCUGAGGGCUGAUUAACCCGUUUUAGCUUUGAGCAGUAUGUUCCUGGGCAUUACCAGCACUUGGUUAUAACCAGCUAGCUCCAGUGACUGGUUCCAGGUCCCUGUCCUGAGGGCCAGAUGCUGCUCUCGCACCAGGGUAAGGAGUAUCCUCUGAAGGCAGUAGUACUGUAGGGGUGUAAAAUAAGUGGGGAAGCCAGGAUCAGGCUCCAUGGGUCUGAUUCUUAUCUCCCAUACGCUGGUGUCGGUCACUGUAGUAAAUGGAGUGGCACUGCAGGAGGUGAGAUCAGAAUGCUUCAAGUCAAAGCCAGCUAGCCAAGCAAUGAGGCCCCACUGUAGGGCCCAUGGGCGUAUGCAGGUGUCUUGCCUUGGUUAUGUUGGGAUUUGUCAGUUUCAUGUUUUGGGGCUGUGAGAAAUGAUAUAAAAGGGAUGUGAAAACAAAUGUACGGAAAGAGACUGUGUCUGUCGAUGAAUGGAUGCAUGUACCUGUGGCUGUGCGGCAGACAAUUGGACACAAUAAACAGAUAAACCUG